CUUACAUGAUGUGAUGCUGGUACGCCGAGGUGCGCAUGCCCACUAAGAGGACGCAGCGGCUCCAUGUGUGUUGAGGCGCAUUAUUUGGCAACAGACGCGGCAGUGGGGAGGGCCGAAAAAAAGAGGAUAUCCCCUGGAUUUAAAAAAAAGCAACGAUUUAUCGAGGUUAACUGCAGAUUAAACAUUCCUUGGUGGACCAUCGGCGAAGUACGUCAGACAACGCGACCGAGUAAGUUGACUGAGCUGAAGCUGAAGUUUUUUUAGGGAUGUCUGAGGAGGCUGCCCGCCAGACGCGGAGCAAGAAGAGGGCGCUGGGAAAGGAUGCUGCUCCCGGGUCUUUAGAAACUUCCGAUGCGGACGAUGAUGUCAAAAGGCUAAAGCUGGACACUUCUGACCCCACAACGCAGGCACAAACAGAACCUGAACCCGACCACGUACCGGCACGAGAAGAUCAGGGAAAAACUAUGGUGGGCCCGGAGAAGGAGCACGAGAAGGAGCACGAGAAGGAGCACGAGAAGGAGCGCAGCCUGUCGCCUUUACCUUCAGUGUUACCUUUGGCCUCUCAGCCAGGGAAUGGCGAUCAGGAGCAGGCCCGGGGACAACAGACUGAACCCAGCUCAGACAAUCGGACUGACUGCGUUGACGGAGUCGGCAUCGUGAGGACGGAGCCAGCGGUGGACACAAGGAGCCCGGUCCGACUGCCGGAGCCGAAGGCCUCCAGCAGCGUGCUGGCUGCAGGAGAGGUGAAAGCCACCAUUAAAGUUGAAGUUCAGACGGAAGAGCAGCCCAUGGACAUGAGCACCUCCAAAGGCAGUAUGAAAAGGGAGAAGCGCCCACCGUCUUCUGAAGAUGAUGACGUCAUCGUCCUGUCAGAUAAUGACUCCGCCAGUCCUCCGAUGAACGGCUUGAGCCACUUUAAGGAGCUGGACUCAGACCUGCUCAUGAAGAGCAGCCCAGCAGAGAGGGAGUGCAUCAUUAAGCAGCUGAAGGAGGAGCUGAGACUAGAGGAGGCCAAGCUGGUGCUGCUGAAGAAACUUCGACAGAGCCAGAUACAGAAGGACUCGAUCCAGAAGCCCACAGGUCUGUCUGGCUCCUCUGCUCCUCCUCCUCUCAUUCGAGGAACAAUUACAAGCAAUAAAGGCACUCAGCAGAUUUUGAGCGCUAAGAGUUCAGGCACAGUCAUCCCUCCGCCGCUGGUGAGAGGAGGGCAGCAGGUGUCGUCCAAACAGGGCUCCCAGAUUAUAAUGCCGCCUCUGGUCAGAGGGGCACAACCCAUCUCUGUAUCUCCACAGCAGAUCCAGGCUCUCCGGCAGCAGCAGCAGCAGCAGCAGCUCGCUGCCUCGGGAGGCUCAGGACCCCCUCCUCUGCUGUUGGGCCCCAGGAACUCGAGCCCUGCAAUACACGGCCAGAGAGGCUCGGUCAACUCAGGCCUCAUCAGAAUCGGCAGUACUGCUAACACACUGGCCUCGGCAUCCAGUCUGAAGAGCUCUUCCUCAGGAAGCAGCGGUGUGUCUGUGGUUAGCGUGAAUGACUCUCCAGCCAGCCGGCAAGCUGCAGCGAAACUCGCUUUACGGAAACAACUGGAGAAGACCCUCCUGGAGAUCCCCCCACCCAAGCCUCCUGCCCCAGAGUUUAACUUCCUGCCGUCUGCAGCCAAUAAUGAGUUCAUCUACCUGGUGGGACUGGAAGAGGUGGUACAGAAUCUGCUGGAUACACUCAACAGAGGAAAGACGGGUGCAGCAUUGUCAAAGAACAUUACCAGAGACCCCUUCACCUGCACCCAGUGCAAAACCGACUUCACCUGCCGCUGGAGGCACGACAAGACAAAAGGCGGGGCUGUGCUCUGUGAACACUGCAUGUCGUCCAGUCAGAAAAAGGCUUUGAAAGCCGAGCACACCAACAGGCUGAAAGCGGCGUUUGUCAAAGCCCUGCAACAAGAGCAGGAAAUAGAGCAACGUAUUUUUCAGCAGACGUCGUCGCCAGUUUCCAACAGCAGCUCCUCAUCCUCUUCGUCGAUGAAAGCCGAGAGGAGUUUGUCUCACCAGCUGAAGCAGGCUCACGCGAGAGCGUCUUCCUUCCAGCACCUCCAACAGGCCAGUCGAGGGGCCAACAUGGUUCACCACCACUCCAUCAAGCAGAGCUCCCAGGGCCAGCUGUCCCAUGGUGUCUCAUCAUUGGGGGUGAGGGGCGUCCCCCACUCCUUCUCCUCCUCCUCCCAGCUGCAGAGCGCAGUUGCAGCUGCAGCUUUGGUCAGCCGGCCAGGUAAGCAUGCCCACGUUUCCCACCGCUCUGUCCAGAGUUCAAAGGUGAGCAGCAGCGGGAUCGCCGGCGGCAGGAAUAUCAGCGGAGGUAGUGCCUCAUCCACUGCAUGGAAGAAGCAGAGCCACAGCAAUACAGGCGUCACGAUGGCUUACGUGAACCCCAGCCUGACGGGUCACAAGACAUCAGCCGCGGUCGACGCUCGCCAGAGGGAGUACCUGCUGGACAUGAUCCCCUCUCGCUCGUCGAUCUCGCAGACUGCAAACACAUGGAAAUAAUUCAAACUACUUUCUUUUUGAUCCAAUAUCCAAUAAUAUGGUCAACAGCAAACCCCGGAGGACUGUUAAGCAAAUACAAUCUCUCAAAUGGAAGAAAUCUUCCUUCCUUACUUUUGUAUGAUUGUUGUUUUAGUAUCCUUAUUUUCUGUUGUUUGUUUUGAGAUUUGCUGUUCUUUAGUAAUUGUGUAGAAACUAUUUUGAUUUAAUUGGAGCAAAUAAAAAAAUAAAUCAUUGAUAGGCUUCCCACUGGGUUCCUCUGUCCUCCAAAUUGGGUUGUUAAAUGAUUGUUUGAUAAGAGGCUAUUUGUACAUUAAGUACUUUUAAGUCAUUUGACCUGUGCUUAAUCCGUCAUGAUUUUGGUCAAACCAACCCACUCUUUUCACCCUUGAAUUGUUGAAGUUACACCCAAAAUAUAUUCAUUUUAAGCAAAAAAACAAUAAUUGAGUUGUACAAAUUUUAAUACAUCACCCCCAUAGUUAAAGGUUUGAAUUUAUUUGGUAUUUACUGUAAGUUAUUUCUGUUUUUUGUCAUAUUUCAGUAUACAAGUUGUUUCCACAAAUGGAAGAGUUGGUUGGAGCUUUUCUUUCCUGUUGAACAGCAUGCCUUUCCUCAAGCACCGUAGCUUAAGAAGCAUGGUGUCAUUGCUUAAUUCAUCCUUUAAUUACCAACUGUAAUUUGCUUAUUUUAUAUCUCUAUAUUUGUAUGGGUUUUUGUGAUUGCUGUGGAAAUGCAAGCUGAAUUUUCCACACGAACCGGAGAUCGAGCCUCAGAUUUAUUCAAACAUAAGGCAUACGUCAAGGCCUGAAUCGGUUUAAAGGGAUUAUCUCCCAGUUACCAAGAGUCUGGAGAACAUACGAUAUCUUUAUUCUGUACCCCUCACAAUGUGGCAUACUCUGUCUGCUUCGCUAUUUUAGCUACAUUGUACAAACUUAUGUCAAAAGUUAUUUGGUUUUACUUUUUUCCUAGCUCCUCAAGAAAUAAAAAAUGACAUUGUAAACAA